UACGGAAAACGGGUAGGACAAGAAAACGGGGCGUUUAUUCAGACAGGAUGGGUUGUCAAAGUCCUUCCUGUAUUGUGUGAGAGUUGAGAGGGCGUGAAGUCUGUUCCGGAAGUUACAUUUCAGAAGUAAGACUCGUCUGAAAGCGGUUUAUUAACGUUUUACUGGCUUUAGUAGAAAAGGCGCUAAUGUUUACAUGUACAGUGGGCUGUGUCUCAUUUCACCAUGGAGGAGUCAUUAUAAAUCUCAUCGCUUCUGUAUAACGCUGCUGAAGACUGAACAUACACCGGAGUCCUCAGAGUGAGACGUGAGCCAUGCCUCUGUUCCGUCAGGCCGAGGUCAGACCAGAGAGGGAGGGAGAGAGUGAGAGAGAGAGGAUGAAGAGGAAGAGUCAUCAUAAGUGUGAUGAGGAAGAGGAGGAUGAGCCUUCGUCACUGAGGCGUCUGUGUGUCUUCAGCCUGGCGGAGAACAUGAAGGACGUGUGGACGCAGGACUACGCUCACAACUACAUGGAUCACUACUUUUUCCGAUACGUCAUGGGGCCCUUCAGCCUACUGCCAGGAGAUCUGAUCGAGGAGCUGCUGUGUGUUCUGUCUCAGAGGAAGCUGCUCUCUCGUGCAGCUCUGCAUCUCCUCCUGCUGCCACAACUACACACACUCUCACUGUCACACUCCUGUAACCUUGUCACCGCCAACCUGUGCAGCCUGAUCACUGUGCGCUGUCAGUCUCUGAAGUCUUUAGAUCUAAGUGGAGCGCAGAACGUCUCCUCCGCCGCUCUGUGUUCCCUCCUCGGUGACCUGCCCUGCCUUCACUCGCUCUCUCUGGCUGGAACUCUGUGUGACCGAGCCGUGAUUGCUACUGUGGCCCGGCGGUGCUCCCUGCUUCAGCACCUGGAUGUUUCCCGGUGCCUCCACCUGCCCCCGGGCGCCCUGCUGCCCCUGGCUCUGCAAGGACCUAAACGUCUCACCAGCCUUCUGGCUUUGGACAUUGGUUUAGGAGAGCACGAAGAUGAUGGACCGACUUCAGCUGCCUUCCUCCUGCUCGGCUUGUCCGGUCUGCUGCGGCUGGCGAUAGAGAGUCUCGGGCACGCUUGUGUGAUCAUCCAGAAUCGGGAUUUUGCUGUGACUGAUGGGUUUACCACCCGUGAGAUCGUGCCUUCUCUUGGGGAAUUAUGGGAUGCAAGAGUUCAGGAAAAAGAGCAGAGAGAGGAUGAGGAGGAUAGACUCACUUUGAAGGAGAAAAUGGACAGAUCCUUGAGUUUAGAUGAAGGCAGAAGAAUGGACACACCAAGGGGAAGUUUUAAAUUACGUCUCCGAGAGGUACAGGGACUGAACCUUGACGGUCUGGAUGCUGUCAGCAACUUGUGCCCUGAUCUUCUCUCUGUAUCUCUAAACUGCCAUGACGAUGAUGAUGAUAAAGGUUCCUCCCAGAGCAUACGUUUGACUCGGGGCUUGGCUCGGUGGUCAGGUCAGCUGAACUUCCUCUCCCUGCAGUUCUCCGGCCCACUCUCAGAGCUGGUACCUUCUCUGCAGGUUUCCGGUCCCGGUCUCUUAUCCCUUACGCUGGAGGGGGUCCAAGCUGACGGGAACCUGCCUCUCAUUUCACUCCUGCGUGCUUGCCCUAAACUCACCGCCCUCACCCUCCAUGUUGACCCUCCACGUUCCAACCAGGAAGAGGAUGAUGAUGACGAAGACGUAGAAGACUGGGAUUUACCGUGUCUUCCACACCUCCGCACUUUAACAUUAAUGUCAGCUGGGUUACAGAUUAAAUUUGUAUCACUACAGGCAUUUCUCUUUGGACGAGAGACAGCUGAAGCCUGUGCUGUGCUGGACGUCCCUGAAGAGGGUGCUGUGGUCCUUGCUGAGAGGCUCUGUGCAGCUCCACACACUGUCUCUAGUCGCUGCUCCAUGUCGCCUGGAUCCAGUGUUCAGACUGGUCCUGGAUCGUCACGCCGAACCGCUGCAACGUCUCAGACACGUCAGUCUGCAGCGCUCCAAUGUCACCAUGGAGACGACGACGCGACUCGUAGACUCCUGCCGUCACCUGACCUCUCUGGAUGUGAGCGGCUGCUGGUCUCUGACUCGGAGCAACAUCACUAAAUUACAGAGCCGAGUCAGGAGGAGAUGCCGUAAACUCCACAUCACAUGGACAUGAGGCAGAGAGGAAGUAAACAAACGAUCAGGUUUUAACAAUAAAUUCAGGAUCCGUUCUUUGGCCUUGAGAGUUUAAAUGUUUGUUGUUGAAAAUGAAUUGAGUUGUCUGUCUUUUUAAAGACACCAGGCACUACAAAUUUAAUUCAUGCAGUAAAACACUAUCUCUUAUCUCUUCUCAGAUGUAUAAAUGCAGUGUGUGUAACUGUUUACAGUCAGCCAUGCUGGAUAUCUGUGCACUUUUAACUUUAAUAUAACAUGAAUUGAUAAGAUUUUCAUUUUAAGAUGAGUCUCUUGUGUUUUUUUUUUCCCUCUGUUUUUACUGCUUUCACGCUUUUUUCCAAAGUUUUUCAGAAAAGCACCAAGUGACAAGCACUUUUUCACCUCCUCGCUAAACAAGUUGCAUGUUGAGCGUCAAGUGAGAAAAACUUGGAUGACAGAGUGUUGGUUAAAAUUUUAUCUUGUUAGUGAUUGAAUAUGAGGAGAUUUAUGAUUAUAUUUUAUUGAUAGUAUUCCAAUGUUUUCAUUUUUACUUUCUUUUGACUUGUUGCAUUGUUUUGGGGAUCUUCACCAGUACAUUACAUGAGGUCCCACUUUAAUUAUGGCUGUGUACAAUCAAGUCAGAAAAGCAAUUGAAAAUCUCUUGAUUUUCAGCCUCCAAAGCUACAGCGAAGGUAAAAACCGUCACCAGAGUUAUACCAAUCUUUAUUUCGUCUGCAUUACAGAUAUGAAUAAAUCUAACAUAGAACACGAGUUAGAUUAGUUAGUUUUCCACUACUAGGUAGAGCUAGCUAGAAAAAGUGUGAAAGUAGCCUAGGGGAGCAUCAAACUGAGAAAGCAGAGGCCUAAUUUUUGUACUUUAUUCAAUGAGGCCACAUUCACAUGAAUGAACCUGGCAUUUUUAGUGUUUAAGAGGCAAGAAUCCAAGAAAAUAAACUUAUUGCCUCUCCUAUCACCAGAUAUCACACUUCUGUAAUUAUCUGCCAUACGUUUAGUUUGAUAAAUAUGUACCGAGUAUGAGUUGGGGGACGGGAGCAUUGUGCAUCAUUAGCACUAACUAUACAGUGGAUAUAAAAAGUCUCCACACCCCUGUUAAAAUGGCUGGCUUUUGUGAAGUAAAAGAAUAAAACUAAGAUAAAUCA